CAAAACAACACCGAGGGGGAGGGAACUUUCGGACAGCAGUCAUAUUUUGAAGAAACAUUACAAUAUUUUCAUCUAAUGGUGUGCAGUAACAGUUCAGCCGAAAGCUGUCUGGUAUGCUCCCAGCAUUACAGUAGAUGUCCACCCCUUUAGACACAUCAGGUGGUAUGUCCCAUCCUGGCCCUUCUCCGGGGGCAGGUCUAUCCCCAGGGCCGAUCUUGGGCCCCAGCCCUGGACCUGACCCCUCCCCAGGCUCUGUUCACAGUAUGAUGGGACCCAGUCCUGGGCCUGGAACACCCAAUGCAUCUCACGGCAUGCAGGGACAGAGUGAAUACUCUCAGGACGGCAUGUAUCCUAUGCAUAAGUCUAUGGAGGGGAUGAAUGAAAAGACCAUGGCAGAUGCGAUGCACUUUGGUCACAUGAAAGGUGUGGGGAUGAGAUCUCUGCAUAGCGGCAUGGGACCACCACAGAGUCCAAUGGACCAGCACAGCCAAGGAUACAUAUCCCCACAUCCAUCCCCCAUGGGGGUCCAUGAGCAUGCUUCUAGUCCCAUGUCAGGAGGUGGAGGUGGUGGGGGACCCAAACCACCCCACAUGCCACCCUCCCAGUCCGGCCCUAUGAUGCCCAUGGAUCCUCAGUCAGCCGGGCCCAACAUGUCCAACAUGAGCCCUCAGGGCCGCGGGCCCUCUGCUUUCAGUCCGGUGCAGCUGCAGCAGCUCAGAGCGCAGAUCCUGGCCUACAAGAUCCUGGGCCGUGGGCAACCCCUGCCUGAAAACCUCCAACUAGCUGUUCAGGGCAAGAGAAGUCUACCCACAAUGCAACAGCAGCAGCAACAACUUCAGCAGCAGCAGCAGCAACAGCAGCAGCAGCAGCAGCAGCAGCAGCAGGGAUCUAGUGCUAGUCCUUACAACAGGCCUCUAGGUAUGCCAAUGGCACCUUUGGUUGUUCCGCAGUCAAGCCCCUGCCCCACCCCAACCAUGCAAGGACACAAUCAAAGCACAGGACCCAAGCCUUGGCCUGAGGGUCAGGGAGUUGAGAAUCAAGCCAACGCUCAGAAGCACCUCACCCUUAUUGCCAGUGGACGCCCAUCCCCUGCACCCACCCAGGCCUCUGCUGUGCCAGCCGGCCCCAUGCCAGGCAGUUCAGUGACCCCCCAGCCUCCCGGUCAGCAGGUGUCCCCCAUGCUCCAGAUGCAGAAACAGAACCGCAUCACGCCCAUCCAGAAGCCCCAGGGCCUGGACCCAGUGGGGAUCCUGCAAGAGAGAGAGUACAGGUUACAGGCUCGGAUUGCACAUCGAAUCCAGGAACUGGAAAGUUUGCCGGGCUCUCUGCCCCCCGACCUGAGGACUAAAGCCACAGUGGAGCUCAAGGCCCUGCGUCUGCUCAACUUCCAGCGGCAGCUGAGACAGGACGUGGUGGCUUGUAUGAGGCGAGACACCACCCUGGAGACGGCCCUCAACUCCAAGGCUUACAGACGCAGCAAGCGGCAGACACUGAGGGAGGCGCGCAUGACUGAGAAGCUGGAGAAGCAGCAGAAGCUGGAGCAGGAGAAGAAGCGCAGACAGAAACACCAGGAAUAUCUCAACAGUAUCCUUCAGCAUGCAAAGGACUUCAAAGAGUAUCACCGCUCGAUUUCUGGGAAAAUGCAGAAGCUCACCAGAGCCAUCGCCACCUGGCACACCAACACGGAGCGGGAGCAGAAGAAGGAGACUGAGAGAAUUGAGAAGGAGAGGAUGAGGAGGCUCAUGGCAGAAGAUGAGGAAGGCUACCGAAAGCUAAUUGACCAAAAGAAAGACAAGCGUCUGGCCUACCUCCUGCAGCAGACGGAUGAAUACGUGGCUAACCUCACCACCCUGGUGUAUGAACACAAAGCCGCCCAGGCUGCCAAGGACAAGAAGAAGAAGAAGAAGAAAAAGAAGAAGGUGGAUGGAGAUGGCGAGGGCACCAGCGCCAUUGGACCUGAUGGAGAGCCCAUGGACGAGAGCAGCCAGAUGAGUGAGCUGCCGGUCAAAGUGAUUCAGACGGAGACCGGGAAAGUGUUGCAGGGGACAGAUGCUCCCAAAUCCAGCCAGCUGGAGGCCUGGCUCGAGAUGAACCCUGGGUAUGAAGUCGCCCCGCGGUCUGACAGUGAGGAGAGCAGCUCAGAGUUUGAGGAGGAGGAUGAAGAGGAGGGGGCCAAAGCUGAAACGGAAGAAAAGAAGAUAAUCGGUCCCAGUGGAGAUGAGGAGUUUGCUGCUGACACCACGGACAUUAUUCUGUCAGCUAAGGAUGUGGACGAUGAGUACAGCAAUCCUACCGGACAUACCAGCUCCGCGUCUUACUACGGUGUGGCCCAUGCUGUCAUUGAGAGGGUGGAGAAGCAGUCCACGCUGCUGAUCAACGGCACCCUCAAACAUUACCAGGUCCAGGGACUGGAGUGGAUGGUGUCUCUGUACAACAACAAUCUGAACGGCAUCCUGGCUGAUGAAAUGGGCCUGGGCAAAACAAUCCAAACCAUCGGCCUAAUCACCUACCUGAUGGAGCACAAGAGGAUCAACGGGCCCUUUCUCAUCAUCGUUCCUCUCUCGACUUUGUCUAACUGGGUGUAUGAACUUGACAAGUGGGCUCCCUCUGUGGUUAAGGUUGCUUACAAGGGGACCCCUGUGUUGCGCCGUGGGCUUGUGCCUCAACUUCGCAGUGGGAAGUUCAACGUCUUGCUGACAACUUAUGAAUACAUCAUCAAGGACAAGAACAUACUGGCGAAGAUUCGUUGGAAGUAUAUGAUAGUGGACGAGGGUCACCGCAUGAAGAACCACCACUGUAAGCUGACCCAGGUGUUGAACACUCACUACGUGGCUCCACGCCGCCUCCUCCUCACCGGCACUCCCCUGCAGAACAAGCUGCCCGAGCUGUGGGCCCUGCUCAACUUCCUGCUGCCCACCAUCUUCAAGAGCUGCAGCACCUUCGAGCAGUGGUUCAACGCCCCGUUCGCCAUGACAGGAGAGAGGGUCGACCUAAAUGAGGAGGAGACCAUCCUGAUUAUCCGGCGUUUGCAUAAAGUGCUCCGCCCCUUCCUGCUACGCAGACUGAAGAAGGAGGUGGAGUCCCAGCUGCCAGAGAAGGUGGAGUAUGUCGUCAAAUGUGACAUGUCUGCCAUACAGAAGGUUUUGUACCGCCACAUGCAGAGAGGCAUCCUCCUCACUGACGGCUCAGAGAAAGACAAGAAGGGCAAAGGAGGAUCAAAGACCCUGAUGAACACCAUCAUGCAGCUGAAGAAAAUCUGCAACCAUCCCUACAUGUUCCAGCACAUUGAGGAGUCUUUUGCUGAGCACUUGGGCUUUCCAAAUGGUGUCAUCAGUGGGCUUGAUCUGUAUCGAGCUUCCGGGAAGUUUGAGCUCCUCGAUCGCAUCCUGCCCAAACUGCACGCCACCAACCACAGGGUGCUGCUGUUCUGCCAAAUGACCACUCUCAUGACGAUCAUGGAGGACUACUUCAGCUACCGCAACUUCCAGUACUUGCGUCUCGACGGAACCACCAAGUCAGACGACCGUGCAACACUGUUGAAGAAAUUUAACGAGCAAGGAUCUCAGUACUUCAUCUUCCUGCUCAGUACCAGAGCCGGCGGCCUCGGCCUCAACCUGCAGGCUGCCGACACCGUUGUCAUCUUUGACAGCGACUGGAAUCCACACCAGGACCUGCAGGCUCAGGACCGGGCUCACCGCAUAGGCCAGCAGAAUGAGGUGCGCGUGCUUCGUCUCUGCACCGUCAACAGUGUGGAAGAGAAAAUCCUGGCGGCUGCCAAAUACAAACUCAACGUGGAUCAGAAGGUCAUCCAGGCGGGCAUGUUCGAUCAGAAGUCCUCCAGUCACGAACGGCGAGCUUUCCUCCAGGCUAUUUUACUGACUGAGGAGCAGAAUGAGGAAGAAGAUGAGAUACCCGAUGAUGAAACUCUUAACCAGAUGAUAGCUCGCAAUGAAGAAGAAUUUGAGCUCUUCAUGCGCAUGGACAUGGACCGACGCCGGGAGGACGCCAGGAACCCAAAGCGCAAGCCUCGCCUCAUGGAGGAGGACGAGUUGCCUUCUUGGAUCAUCAGAGAUGAAGCUGAGGUGGAGCGGCUCACAUACGAAGAGGAGGAAGAGAAAAUGUUCGGCAGGGGGUCCCGUUGUCGCAGGGACGUGGACUACAGCGACACGCUCACCGAAAAACAGUGGCUGAGGGCCGUUGAGGAUGGAAACCUGGAGGAGAUGGAGGAGGAGAUCCGCCUGAAAAAGCGCAAACGCAAGAGACGCCAGGACAAGGACUCGUCGAGCAGAGAUGAGGGCGGCUCCAAGGCCAAGAAGAAACGUGGACGUCCACCAGCUGAGAAACACUCCCCCAACCACCCCAAAGUCACCAAGCAAAUGAACACCAUCAUCGAUACGGUCAUCAACUACAGGGAUGGGGCAGGGAGACAACUGAGCGAGGUCUUCGUCCAGUUACCGUCCAGGAAAGAGCUCCCGGAGUAUUACGAGCUGAUCAGAAAACCUGUGGACUUCAAAAAGAUCAAGGAUCGUGUGAGGAACCAUAAAUACAAAGGAGUGGGAGACCUGGAGAGGGAUGUGAUGCUGCUUUGUCACAAUGCCCAAACCUUCAACCUAGAGGGAUCCCAGAUAUACGAGGACUCCAUUGUCCUUCAAUCUGUGUUCAAGAGUGCCAGACAGAAGAUUGCCAAGGAUGAAGAGAGUGAUGAUGACAGCGAUGAGGAUGAGGAUGACGAUGAGUCAGAGACUGAGGCUAAGUCUGUGCGGGUCAAGAUCAAGCUGAAUAAGGAGGCACGCAGCCAAGACAAGGGCAAGAAGAGGCAGAGCCGAGGGAAGGCCAAGCCCGUGGUCAGCGAUGACGACAGCGACGAAGACCUGGAUGACAAUGACCAGUCAGACAAGAGUGACGAUGACUGAGGACAAGAGGAUAUUAACUAUUGCACUUAUUAACACAGAGGACUGUAUCUUCCGCCGUCAUAGUUCAGGUUCAUAUUCUGUACCUUUUUUUUUUUUACUUCAUUUGUCCCCUUUGUAAGUUUGUAGUGUGUUUUGUCGCACCUUCUCCUACCGGCUUUGAAAUGUAUUACUAUUCGAUAAGCUACAGCAAUACCAAUCUGCUUAUAUUCCUGUUUUUAAGACGAUUUUUUAGUAUAUUUUUUAACUCUGCUUCAAAAGCUGAUUUAAAUUCUGUAUGAAAAAAAAGGAAGACAAAAAAGAUUUGGUCAUGCUAUAUACUUUUGCUUGAUUUGUACUUGCUUGCUUGUACUUUUAAAACAUGUAAUAUUGAAAUCAAAAUUAGAAAAAAUGUGUUAUAAAAACAAAUAUAUAUAUAUGGAAAGCCAAGGACAUCCCAGUUAAUUUGGAUAUCCUCCGGUGAUAAAAACAAAGGCAAUCAAUCAAGUUUUGAUUAAUUGUUUCACCUUGUGCAGUGCCAAAUGUCAGAGAAAUUGAUGGUUCGUUAAACCCCUGCCCAUAACCAGCGAUUGAUCAAUCAUAGCUUAGCAACCGCAACUAGGCACAGCAGGCCUUUUUAUGUCAAGCUUUAUAUUUCCCUGCGUUUGAAGCUCGGUUAGAGACACUACAGUUUGUGAAGUGUGGUGUCUUUCCAAAACCAGAAUUAAAAGAGCAAAACAGGAGAAACAGCAUGUUAUCUGCUCUGAUGUUAGCUGCAAAUGUUUGAUUGUCCUGCUUAGUAAUACUACACAAAUACAUGAUUAAUACAAUUAGUUUAAUCUUUAUUAAUAAAAGAAUAGAUACUGUAGUUGACUUUCAAGGCCAAGAAGCGCUUAACCUAAAUUUAUUCUGUCUUCAGCUGCUUACAUUCUUAACUCUCGUGCCAUCAAAAAAAACUUCAAUAACUUUCAAGUUUGCAUUAUUUGUGGGUUAUUAGAUACAUUAAUCAAAGCCCAAUCUAGGAUUGAAUCAUCUGCUUUGUAGAACUUUCCUCUGAGUAGAAGCUGCUCAACAUACUGUUUGAAAAAUAUGGGAUUCUAAUAGAAUUACACAUUGAAUCUUCGAUUUGUCCUUAAUAUACUUUUAGCCUGGGUCAUUUUUAAUUUGUUUUAUAACUUUUGUCUUUUAGCAUGAUGUCACAUUUGUAAUUACACAAUGCAAUUUUUUUAAUGUAAAUUAUUUUGUACGUUGUCUUUUAAAAUAUCCCUAUAUUUGAAACAAGUUAGGUAAAAACAUUUAAUAUGUAGCUAAAAAAUAAAUGUAUUUGUAAACCACCUAAGGUGGCUAACCCUAUUUGUAUUAGCUAGCUAAAAACAUUUGUUAGCAUCAGAUGCUGAUUGAUGGAAUUUAGCUUGCUAAAAAUGAGAAGCCGCUUUUUGCCUGAAAAAAAAGCACACAAAGUGAUUGGACCCGCGAAAAGGCACAAAAUGUAAAGCUUGACACACGUAGCAACAGAAACUACAAGAGACGGGGCUUAACGAACAUUCAACAAGGAUAUUUUCUAGAGUGUAAACUGUUUGUUGACGCUAUAUAAACGUAUAUCUUACAGCCAGCACAGCUAUAUGUCAGUUGUUGCUCGAUGACUUACAUAUUAUCUUGAGGUGGCCAUAAAUGCUGAAUGCUUUUUUUAAUUGCUUUUAUUAAGAAAAUGUAACAUUACAUUUUGUAGGCGGCACAUACUCUCGAAAAAAACGUUGUUUCAUGUAUCCUUUCCUCUAAUGCUUUCAAGUUGUCGUGUUUCAGAGCAGAAGCUUUGAACUUGCUGUAGACGUUUUUUUUCAGUCAGAAUGGAGCUAUUGGGAUAUUUUGAAUGAGAUACUGCUUGUUAAAGACUGCAGAAUGAUGGGCAAACAUCUUGUCUUGUAUGAAACCGGCAUCUAUUGUAGCUAAAUGUAGCUUUUUAAAGUCUCUGAAAAAAUGUUGCUCCUGUUUCAAACUGAUUGUAAAGAACCGAGAUUUAGCUGGAUUCUUACACACUAUAAAAGGUGGUUAACGUCGGAAAAUAUUACAAGCAAAACAGUAUUAUUGGAUUGAAACAUUUUAUGUGGAUGACAUUGAAUUAACAGUAUAUUUGAACAAUGUAUUGAUUUAUUUGGAUUAAGGUCAUUUGUGUUCCUGUAUUAGCUCCGAGGCCUCCUUUAGUCCAGUUUAUAUGUAGUUUGUAGCAUGAUCUUUUUUGGCAAUAUGCUGUAUUCACACAGAUAUAUAUCUUAUUUUUGUUUUUGUAACAUGUGCUUGCCAACUCUUCAUAAGUGUGACUUAAUCUUUGCUUUCUUUGCACAGUGUCUUUGUGGUUGUAUCUCAUAGCCCAGGGCAAAUAAAAUCUCACCGAUUUUCAGCACAGAA